UAUUGGUUGUUAUCGAUAUACUGCAGUUGGCAAAUAUCGAUAGUUGUUGUCAGUGCGCAGCAAUAUCGAUUCAGCAGUAUUUGCAAUAAAUUUUAAGAUGCGCGAAAUGUGUAUAAAAAUGCAAAAAUCAAAGUGAAAAACUGUUGCUAAAGCGACAACAAACAAUGGAAAUACCGAUACAAGUGGCCGUACGCAUAUAUCCCCACGCUGAACUUGAAAACAAGCCGGAGCAUAAAGCGUCGGAGGAUGGCGACGCAGAAGCAGACAAACCGCAAUCGAAGCCGUCUUCGCCAAACCCGCCGCUGCCUGCGCCUCCCCCGCAGUUGCCGUUGCAAACAACAGCAAUAGAUGCUAAUGGCAAUAAUGAGCUGGACGCCAGUCAGUUGAAUACAAAUGAAACGCCAGAUAUUGGCAAUGCCAGUGACUGUUGCGUGCAGGCAAUACCAAUCGCUGUAUCGGCACUUGGUUUACCGAGCGCUCUGCCCGGCGGUGCGGCCCUGGACAGCAUUGCUGCUGGUCUUAUACAGGUGGGCGCUCACACUGUGCCUGUGACACAUGCGCUGCCCAGCAGCACCACACAGAGUCAGGUGUACCAUCAGACAGUGUUUCCGCUGAUCAGCUUGUUCUUGGAGGGCUUCGAUGCAUCGGUGGUUACUUAUGGGCAACGCGGUACUGGUAAAACUUACACGCUCUAUGGACAUGGUUUCGAGUGCGUCUAUGGGGAGGCGGACCAGGGCGUAGUACAGCGUUGCGUACGAGAGAUUUUUACACACAUUGCGGCGCAUUCAGAUCGCACAUACGCUGUCAAUGUCGGUUUUGUGGAGAUAUGCAACGGCGAAAUACGUGACUUGCUGAGCAUGGGCAAUGUCCAUUGCACCACUGUGGAGGAUGUUUUCCACUGGCUGCAGCUGGGACUGAGCACAAAGCAACAGUCGCCUGCACACACACUCUUCACAUUGACUCUGGAGCAGCAGUGGGUGUCCAAGGAGGGUUUGAUUCAGCACCGCCUGUCAACGGCAAGUUUCUCAGAUCUGUGCGCAAGCGAACGCUGGGGUGAACCGCCACCAGGACACCCACGCGACGCUGGAUUGCAGAUGCUGGAGCAGGUGGUAAACACAUUGACUGAUCCCAGCAUUAUGUACGGCGUCAAUGGCAACAUUCCCUAUGGACAGACCACCUUAACCACUCUGCUUAAAGACUCAUUUGGCGGUCGUGCUCAGACCUUAGUCAUUUUGUGUGUGUCGCCGCUGGAGCAGCAUCUCACCGAGACACUAGGCAAUCUGCAAUUCGGCUUCAAGGUGCAAUGCGUACGCAACUAUGUCAUUAUGAAUACUUUCUCCGAUGAUAAUACGCCUAUAUCGCCGGAGGCAUUGCCGCAUGAUCCUGACGCUGCUGGUACGGCAGCUCUCAUGGCCGCCGUGGCUUUGCCCAACGGGGACAACUUUGGGCUGCAAUUCGCAGCCAGUCAGUGGUUCAAACUGGUGUCCAAUGCAGAGGGACUUUUUGCCAAAUUAAUGGGUUCGAAUGCUAUUACGGAGUUGGAAAAGGAGCAAAUUGAAGAGUGGCUCUUUUUAAAGCAAGAGUGCGAAGAAUGUUUGAGUUCUAGCGAAGCAUUGCGCAACCAAAAGCCGCUAGUGCCCAUCCAGGAGGCGGAGGAGCCAGAGGAGUCUAUCAGUGAGCCGGAAACCUCCUGCCAGCAAAACUCUGAUAAUGAAACCGACAAUGAGUCGCAGCGUCCAGACCUGGCCGAGAAGCUCGAUAGCCUCAUGGAUGAGUUUCGCACCAAAACGGAUGCGCUCAUUAAAGCAAAGCACGAGGAGUUUAUGCUGAAGCAGCCCAAAGCGGUCAUGCAGAGCCAGGACAAAGAUCGGGAGCAGUCAACCCAAGAGGCACCACCACAAGUUGAAAAGUGUGACGAGCGAAAGGUUAGCGUGGGAGGACGCCGACGUAGCAUACAGCCGGGUGCCAGCUUGAGUAGCGCAGAGCUGGCAAUGCUGAAUCGUGUUGCUUCGCAGCAGACAACUGGAACAGAAUUGCCAGCGGAAUUCGAUCCACUCAACAACUCAAAAGGCACUGCCGACGGGCUGCGAAAUGCGACUGGCGUGGCUGGCGUAAACGGACCCAUCGAGCAAGUGCAGAAGAAGAUGCGCAAGCUGAAUGCCGAGAUCGAGGCACGUCAGCGACAGCUGAAGGAAAUCGAACAAACGAUGCAGCUCAAGCAGAACAUAAUUAGUGAGCUGGUGAAGAACCGUGAGACGCGCAGUCAUGCCAAGCAGCGUUUCCAUAAGAAGAAGGCCAAAUUGGAUGCGGAGUGUGAGAAGGCUAAAAAGCAUCUAGCCAAGGCACUGGUGCAAGGCAAGGACAAAGCGGAAAUCGAACGGUGGGACGCUAUAAUAGCGCAUAUUGAGCAGCGCCUGCAGGAUCUCAGCUCGAUGAAGCAUAUUGCGGGCGAGAGUGGUCAAAAGCUUAAGAAACUGCAACAAUCUGUAGCCGAAUCACGCAAACAAAUCGAGGAAGUGCAAAAGAAGCUGAAGAAGGAUGGAAAACUGCGUGAUCAGCUAGAGGCCGAGCUCAAGACCUUGAAGGAGGCAUCACUAGUCAAAAUGGAACCAAAUCCAGACGAGCUCAAAGCGGUGCAGGCUCGCAUCACCCACUUGGACCACAUACUGCGCGAGAAGUCUGAAAAUCUUGAGCAAUGGGACGGCGGCGAAAAGUCUCCAGCACAACAGGAGGGUCUACGGCACGAGAUACGCAAUCUGAGACGAACGCGUGACCAUUUGCUAGAGCAACGCUGCACUUUGGAUCGCAAGCUCAAGCGCGACAAAAUACUAACGCAGCGCGAAGAGCGAAAGCUACUCGAGUGCGACGAGGCGAUCAUGGCCAUUGACGAGGCUAUCGAGUUCAAGAACGAGCUCAUAUGCGGCCACAAAUCCAUCGAUUUGUCCACCGAGCGCCAGCAGCGGGAGAAGGGCGAGCAAAUGCUGAUGGCGCGAUUAAAUAAGCUCUCAUCUGAGGAGAUGCGCACGCUGCUCUACAAGUACUUUGUCAAGGUCAUCGAUUUGAGAGAUUCGUCCCGAAAACUUGAGCAGCAGCUGGUGCAGCUGGAGCGCGAACGAGAUGCCUGGGAAUGGAAGGAACGGGUACUUUCUAAUGCGGUGCGCCAGGCACGACUCGAGGGCGAACGCAAUGCAGUGCUGCUGCAGCGCCAACACGAAACAAAGCUAAGUCUGAUGCUGCGUCAUCUCGCUGCGGAGACCUCGGCCAGCUCAGCCAGUUAUGGCGAUCGUGCUCUAGCGCCGGCUACCAGCCAAGGCACCAGCAGUGAAUUUGACUACGACCUUGACUUUUAUAAAGCGGCCAGCAAUAAGGCAUUGCUCAAGGCUCAGCAGGCGAAAGCGACGCCGGCUGUCUUGGAUAAGUACAAGGACAAGGAGCGAAGCAGUGGACGCAACAUCUUUGCCAAGUUUCAGGUGCUCACUCGUUAUGCAUCCGCAGCUGCUGCUGCAGCAGGCUCAUCCUCGACAGCGGACGAGUCUACAGCGUUAAUUGAGACGACAACGACGGCGGCUACAACCACAACCACCACAACAACAACAGCAACCACAAGCACGUCGGCCAAAGGAAAGGAAAAGGCGCUGGUCACCAUCAACCAGGAUCAGCUGAAACGCCUGAUGCCCGCACCGACGUCCACAAAGGUGACGCGUCAGAAAAACAAGAUCAUCAUACAAGAUGCGACGCGCAAGAACUAAAGCACUUUGUGAGCUCUCUCUCUCUCUCUGGGGAGAGAGAAAAGGAAAAUGUUAGCUGAGAGAACGGAUACAUUGCUCGCGUCGAUGACUGAACAGCAUUCAAUAGCGUCGGGAGGCAACUGGAUGGGUUUUCUCUACUCUCUAUCUCCCACUGCUUAUAUUCUAAACCCGACUUACUCAAUACUCAAUACUCAAAUGUACAACUAUAAUUUAUAAUGUUAGAGCUAUAGACAAACUCAUCUCGAAAUGGAUAGAUAUAUGUACUGAACAAAUACGUCCACAGACGCGUUUCAAUAGACUUACCAUGGUAUUCAUCUAACUUCUGACGCAUUUAAAUGUCAACAACAAAGAUCCCUCGACUGGCAAAUCUAAAGACUUGACAAUUGUUACUUAAAAUACUCGAAACUCAGCAAUCCCAAAUGGAAAACGCAAUUAACUCGCUCAAAUUGUUUACUUAAGCAAUCGAAUCUCUUGUUCUA